CGUGAGUACCACUUCCGUGUUUACGGGAGCGACUCCGAAUAACUGAUGUGUCUGUGCCUUGCGUUUUUCAGACACUUAACUUCUGAGCAAGGUGAAGACUAAAGCAGAAACCAAUAUAAGAAGAAUAUCGACAGCGGCUUUGGCUCAACAGAAUGCAUUUCGCUGUGCUCAUUUUUGCCUCUGUGGCCACCAUGACCACCUUCGCCCUUGACAAUGGACUGAUGAGAACUCCUCCAAUGGGCUGGUUGGCAUGGGAACGAUUCCGCUGUGACAUUGACUGCACAAACGACCCAAAGAACUGCAUCAGUGAGAAUCUGUUUAUAGACAUGGCGGACAGACUCUACGAGGACGGCUGGAAGGAACUGGGCUACGUCUACGUGAACAUAGAUGACUGCUGGGCGUCCAUGGACAGAGACAAAGAUGGACGGCUGCAGGCUGACCCUAAUAGGUUUCCGGGGGGAAUCAAUAAGCUGGCGCGCUACAUGCAUGACAGAGGCCUCAAACUGGGCAUCUAUGGGGACAUGGGCACCCACACCUGCGGGGGGUACCCCGGGACGACGGUGGAUAAGAUUGAUAUAGAUGCUCAGACAUUCGCUGACUGGGAAGUGGACAUGCUUAAAUUUGAUGGCUGUUACUCCAAUGCUGUCGAGCAGGAGCUGGGUUAUCCUCUGAUGUCAAAGGCUUUAAACGCAACGGGCCGCCCCAUUGGCUACUCCUGCAGCUGGCCUGCUUACCAGGGUGGACUUCCACCAAAGGUGAAUUACACUCAGCUCGGGCAGAUCUGCAACCUCUGGCGUAACUAUGGCGACAUCCAGGACUCUUGGAGCAGUGUGCUGAGCAUUGCCGAUUGGUUUUUUGAAAACCAGGAUGUCCUGGCACCUGCAGCCGGACCUGGAAGAUGGAACGACCCUGACAUGCUGGUUAUCGGAGAUUUUGGUCUCAGUAUGGACCAGUCUCGUUCUCAGAUGGCUUUGUGGGCAAUUAUGGCGGCUCCCCUGUUCAUGUCCAACGACCUUCGCACAAUCAGCAGCGGAGCCCGGAGCAUCCUUCAAAACAAGAUGAUCAUCAGCAUCAACCAGGACCCCCUGGGUAUCCAGGGGAGACGCAUUCUCAAGGAGAAGUCUGGCAUCGAGGUGUACUGGCGCCCCCUGUCAAACAACGCCAGCGCUUUAGUGUUCUUCAGCCGCCGUAACGACAUGCCCUAUCGCUACCAAACCUCCUUGAGCAAACUCAACUACACCACUGGCAGCUACAAGGUGACUGAUGUCUACACUGACCAGACUGAUGUGCUAAAAGACUCCACUGAGUUUGUGGUUUCAGUGAACCCAACAGGUGUGGUCAUGUGGUAUGUCUCAGCGCCCGGCAAACUGCAGUACCACCCAUUUAUCAGAGGGAACAAACUCCACAGACAGACCUAUGAUGUAAAGCAAAACAACUUCCUUUGAGAUUUGAUUAUCUCUUAGUAUCUUUAGGGGUUUGGCCUCGGUGUCGUUGUCCCUGCUGGGUCUGUUUUGCUGCAACCACACAUGAUCUUUCUGCAUGAGUUUGUUUCUCUACCUCAGAACGAUUCAGGUUUAAUUUUAACUUUUUUUUUUUUUUAAUAAAACAUCAACUUUUAUAAUAACAAAUCGGGUUUGGUUUAUAAGGUCUUAUUAAAACACGAGAUUAUAUUCUAGGUAGUGAUUUUAUUAUCUCACAUACAAGGCUUUUAAAAGAAGAAUUACGAUCUGAUCUGUCUAGUUUUUUUUUUUUUUUUUUCUUAGCAAAUUGUCUUUCUCAAAGAACUAAAGCACUGACAAUUAUGGGUACCGUAUGCAAUUAUCACUAUUGUUUUUCUUUAGAAUUAUAUUUAGAUAGUUGUCAAUAACGUUUUGCCAAAAUUGUCAAAUUUUCUAAAUCUUUUUGGAAUAAAAAGGAAUUUUAUAAGAAGUGUU